UCGGUGUUGGGAUGAAGUCGCUUUGCACAUGUAAUUUACAGAUGUUUUUAGAAGUUACACGGAAAAUUGCCUCUUAUUUUUGAGCAACUACACUUGUGUUCAAUAGCUGUAUUUGUGCAGCAGAUCUGCUACUUUUGAUCUGAUCUGAAAAGGCUCCUUUUUUUCUUUUGCCGCUACAAAACGAGUUAUUUCAUGACUUAUGCCACAAGGGCUUGUGAUAUUUUGAAAUAAUGUGGCGGGCUGCAACAGUAGCUCAAGGGAUUAUUGCCACAUCACAUUUCAGUGUGCAUGCGGCGAGUGAUGUGACUAAAAUGGGUUGUCGUUGAUUUGUUGUUCUCUCUUUUUUUAAUGCUGCUUGUAUGCACUGUUGCUGCUUCUUUCUUAAAGGGGAAAACUGUUUUUUUAAAGGCUGACUCGUUCUUAAGAGUCAAAAUACUCAACUUUGCAAACCAAGAAGGGAGAAAGGAGCGAGCCUGGGUUGGUGUAAUGUCCACAGCACAUGCGCUUUUUCCCUAGAAGAGUGCAAAUGAGAGUUAUUGUCUCUCAAGUCAAUAAGGUGCUCUUUGAUGUCAUUCUGCCACUUCUGCCCAUGUAUAUUUUCUUUGCUUUCAUGAGGCAAUGUCAUGUUGGUGAUGAAUAACUGAAAUAAUGGUCAGUGGAAGCAGAGUAAAGGGAAAACAAUGGGAUGAAGGGCACGGUGACCUGAUUGGGUGAAAACAUUCCCUUUAGUCUUCCGAGCACAGCAAUCACUUACACUGCAUCAUAGGGUAGGUGAAAUGGAGGAAUGGGAGACUCCUGCUUCGUUAGGACCCACAGAAGCCAAAAACGGCUCAUCACAAAUAGGUCUUUUUAAUGGGUCCUGUGAGAAUCUGGAAUGCUACAUGGUCCUGAUUAAAGCAGAGAGGACCGCCAUCAGCUCCAUCUGUUUCCUGGCAGGUCCUAUCACACUGCUUGAAAACGCUCUUAUACUGGGUGUGAUCAGUGCCACGGCCUCUCUGCGGCAGCGGCCCUCCUAUCUGUUCAUUGGCAGCCUUGCUCUGGCUGACAUCUUCGCCAGCUGCUUCUUCACCACCAGCUUUCUGGACUUCCACCUCUUUGGCCACAGAGACGGCCCCUCUGCCUACCUCUUUAAGUUAGGCGGUGUCACCAUGGCCUUUACUAAUUCGGUGGGAAGCUUGCUGCUCACGGCUCUGGACCGCUACCUUUGCAUCUACCAGGCCCCCAACUACAAGGUGUUGUUGACGCGCCGGCGAGCCCUGCUGAGCAUGCUGAUCCUUUGGAGUGCCACCAUCUUCAUCUCCUUCUUGCCUCUGAUGGGCUGGAGAUGCCCCACAGGCCUCACUCCGCCCUGUUCACGUCUGUUUCCCUACAUCAACCAUGGAUAUCUGGCCUGCUGGACCAGCUUCAUCCUGGUGUUUCUGGCUCUUAUUUUGGGGGCUUAUGCUCUCAUCCUGUGGAAGGCCCACCGUCAUGAAUCCUCCAUGGCCAACAUGCAGGGACCAGCAGGGGCAGGCCAUAACCGCAUGAGGAUGGAUAUCCGGCUGGCUCGUACCUUUGGCCUGAUCCUACUCAUACUCGUGGGCUGCUGGCUUCCGGCACUUUCUUUCAUGUUAGCUGAUGUCUCAGUGAUCCUGACCCACACCCAACAGAGGGCCUUUGCCUUUUGCAGCACCCUCUGUCUGGUUAACUCUGCAGUCAACCCAUUGCUGUAUGCCCUGCGCUGCAGAGAGCUUCGAGUUGCUCUGCUCCAGUUACUACAGCGGUUGUGUGAGAUUGGGAGGUGUCAAACAUCAACGGAGGAUUUAACCCCGGGACUACCCUCUGCAGAAGACAACUUCACUGCCAUCUCAACAGAAAUUGCCAACAGUCAGCAGCUGGACGUCUAAAUGUAGGGGGUGGAGGACUGAAAUUAAAAAGCUAUAUACAGAUGGGAAAUGAUUAUGGUAAAAAAAAAAAAUGGCCAUUCAAAACCAACUUUACUGUAGACUAAGAAUCAAAUCUACAAUUGCAGGAUUAAGAGCUGGUAAAACUUGAUAUUUCGAACAAGAUAAUUUGUGCUAAAAAGGUCCUGAUAGUUACUGAUGAUGAUGAGGAACAUCAGAAAAUCUAUAUUUGGCAAAACAUAUGACAUAUUGUGUUUACAGGCAACAACUGUAAGACAGUGCUCGUAGGAAGAACACAUUAACACUGCAAAAUAGUUUGUCCCCAUUACAUUUUAUUUUAAUCACAACAUUUACUACACUGGGGAUUAAUUAACUUAUGAUUAACUGUUAGCCAUUAUUAUUAUUUCCAAAAACUAUGAUCAGCAUAGUAUGAUUUCAGGCUAUAGUCAUCUAUUUGCAUGUACAGUAGGACAAAAGUAGUUUUAUGAAAUAUUUUGUGAUAACAUCAAUGGAAGGACUAUUAACUCGGGAUAUAUUUCAGUGGAAAUAAAUAUCUAGGCACUUGUUUUAGGUCAAGCAAUAGCUUUAGUGUGCUUUGAGCUGUUUUAAGUGAGAUGAUGUAAUGUAGCCAUCUAACCAAUCACCUUGACCUCUUGCCUUCCCAUAGCAUUGCUUCAAAGCUCUCACUCCUAUAUGAAAAAUGUUUUUCUGUGAACCGAUGGAGCUAAGUUUACCGUUGGGUCCGUUAUUUGUAGUUCAAAUGCCUGUUCGUAUUUGAGUGUUUGUCCCAGAGCAUGCAAGAAAGGGGGACCCUGACGGUUGUCGAACCUAUAUGCACAUGAAUGCCAGGACUCCACAAAAGCCCCAUGCAUAGGAGGAUUUCACACAAUGUUCACCACCUGAAUCCAAGCUGCGUGCUGAGGUAAAAGAGGCACAUGCCAGGAAGAGAAAACAGGCACUAGAACACUCUUUGCAACAGAGACAGCCAGCAGCUGCACAUAACUGACAUGGACUUCAACUCACAGCUUCAUAUACUGUGGGGCAAUAAAAUGGAGUGUCACAAAAGUCUCAAAUCGUUAUUGAGUAUUUCGUUCUUUUCAUAGAUUAUUUGAUAACAUAGCUGCAUUUUUUUCUUUGUUUUGGAUGUAAAAAAGAUUUU